AUUUUUGAAGUCACCAUAUUUUCUCGCAAACGGAGACUCUUGUCUCUCUCUUUCUCUCUUCGGUUGCCUCCUCCUCGUCCUCAUCCUCGUGUGCUCCGCCUCCACUUCCCUUUCUUCUUGAUCUCUUGAUCUCUCUCUCUCUCUCUCUAUCUUCUGUCUUUUGUAAGAAGGUCUCUCUCAACGAUGAGUAUUACGGUGGACCCCUUCGCUCUCCCAAAUCCUAGCCCUAACCCUAGCUCCACCGCUUUGCUCUCCAGGAGAGCUUCGACGGCGUUGUUUUCGUCUCCGGCGUCUCUCCGCUUCGAACCUCUCCUCCUCCGACCGCCUUCCAGAGCCUCUAUGGCGGCCCGCCCCCUCUAUCCCCGGGGGCUCGGCUUAUUCCCUCUUCUGCACCGCCGUGGCUCCGGAGACCGCUUGGUCUUUGCUUUCUCUGCUUCUCACGAGGAAUCGAAGUCUUCAGAUAUUGAAGUGGAGGAGGUGAAGAACGAUCUUAAAUUGGGAGCUGAAGAAUCGCAAGAAGCAUGGAAACAGGCACUAGCCUCUUUCAAAGAACAAGCAUUAAAGAUGAAAAGCGUGUCACAAGAAGCCUAUGAAUUGUACUCCAAGAAAGCUAUGGUUAUUUUAAAAGAAAAUUCAGAGCAGUUGAAAAUUCAAGCAGAGAAGGCAAGGUAUGAUCUAAGUGUGAUUGCAAAAGAAAUCAGUGAAGAGAGUAAAGAAUAUCUAUCCACAGCAGCAGAGAGCUCUCCAGAACCAGUGAAGGAUAUCAUUGAAACAUUUGCUUCCUCUACUGAUGAUGUCAAGGAAAUUUCUGAAGUGCGUGACUUUUACCUUGGGAUACCAUAUGGUAUUCUUCUUUCCUUUGGUGGCUUUCUUUCCUUCAUGCUAACUGGAAGUGUUUCUGCCAUUAGGUUUGGUGUUAUCCUUGGUGGAACUCUUUUGGCCUUAAGUAUCUCAAGUCUAAGAUCUUGGAAAAAAGGAGAGUCAUUUCAUCUAGCCUUGAAAGGGCAAGCAGCAAUAACCAGCAUAUUAUUUGUUAGGGAGAUCAGCUUGCUCUACAGGAGACCAUCAUUUGUCAAUUGCUUCACAUCCUUAAUCAGUGGUGCAGUGGUUGUGUUCUAUCUCUAUAGGAUCACAUUGGAAGGUGGACAGGCAAACGCUUCAAGCUUGGAACAUGGGACUGAGAAUUAAUGCCCGUAUGGUCUGAUAGCGAUCGAGUUCAAUUCCUGUGAAGUGAUAGAGCAGAGUUAUUACCUCCCAUGAGGGUCCUGUAUCUGACAAACUGAGUAAAAGUUUCAGAAGAACUUGGAAUUAUUCAUGCAAAGCAGGAACCGCAUCCACUGGAGAAUGGAUAACCCAGAGUAAGUUUGGACCUUCUUAGGUCAAAUAGUUAAAACAGUACGUGCUUGGGAUGUUAUGAUGUGGGAUUUGAGAAUAAUGGUCUUGUUGUACCAACUUGUGGAUAAAACUGAUCAGCGUGGUCUUUUUAUUUGGACUUUGCUACAAAAAUGUCAUCUCAUCGGCCAGUUAAGUUUCAGUUUCUAUGCCUGGCCAUCUUAUAUCAGAAUUUUGAAGUCCCCUUCCUCUUCUUUU